AUGCCUGGGCGAAACCCUAACCUGACUGAUCACCAGGCCACCGGCUCCCUGGGAGACAUCCUCCUGAAAUCUCUCCUCUCAGAACCAGCCUUCAAAGUGGCCAUCCUCACUCGCGAGUCCUCAAGGGGCCGCACCAGCAUCCCGCCAGCAGCGAGAGUAAUCACAACCGUAGAUUCCUACCCGCAGAAGAUAUGCUUCUCUGUCGCAGAGCAGCUGAAGUUCAUUGACACAGCUGUAGCAGCUGGGGUCAAGCGGUAUAUCCCGUCCGAGUACGGGCUCGACAACAAUAACUUUGCUGCGCGAGAGCUCUCGCCUGUCUUCCGAGAUAAGGGGCGGGUGCAGGAUUAUGUGCGGCUGAAGGAGGACACUGGUUUAACCUGGACGGCGAUUGCGUGUGGGAUGUGGAUUGGAUGCUCCACGGCAAACCAGAUUGUUAUUCUGAGCGACUUUGCCACGACGCAGGUCGAGCUCGUUGAGACGAUCGAAAGGCUUACCAGUGAAACGUGGCGACGCGAGUCUGUCGACCCUUCGCUGGCUGAGGGCUGGAGCAAGGGCGAUACCGCAGCUGGGCAUGGAUUAACCAAUAUCGGAUUCACCAAGGGGACGUAUGGUGGGCACUUUGAGCCGCUUUACCAACUGAGAAAUUGGGAACUGGCACUACCAACAAGAGAUCUUGAGGGAGUGGUCAGAGAGGCGUUGCGGGAGGUUGGGCAUCGGGAUUUGACAGAAAAAGGGGCAAGGCAGAUCAAGAAUGGUGCAUUGAUUCUCGCUCAGAGAAGUACUGUCCCUGAACUACGGGAGUAG